GUACUGGUGGCUAGUAUCCCCCGUGCCCCAACCCCAACCUGCAAAUUAUGGUAAUUUUCUUCCCCUGGCCGGCCGGGAACGACACGAAGGCAACACAAGACAGCACAAGACAGCACAACACCACACACCAACCAUCCACCACGCACAUCACGCACCACCCACUGUACACCAGCCAUACCUCUAUCACGCUGAGCAUCUCAACACUUUCCACUCCGUUAUCAACAUCCUCUACUAACUGGCUACUGCACCGCGAACAGACGGAAGAACUGGCAAACACUAAUAUAUCUCAGACCACUCCAGCUCACCCCCCAUAAUAGUUACAACGGCCGUUUAAUUCUCGCCCUUGCGCUCUCGGUGCCCGGCUUCUUCUCUCCCCUCCCCCCUUUGCUCUCCAGCUAAGGCUGCCUUGCGCACUGCUGGGCGCAAUGAACGCCAUACAGCAAAAAUGCCGCCCGAAACACCAAGUCCUGGUCCUCAAGUGUUAUCCUCACACGACAAAGGGAGCUGUUGACGUCAAGCCUAACUCUAGUGAAUUGAGCUAUCUCCUAUUCUACGCCACCUCCCGCCGGUCCAAGAUUCAGAAGGUCGGCCAGUUCCUCGAGAAGAAGACGGCUAGUGAUGUGUGGAGGGUGCGGAUCGGAAAUGUCCAGGUUACCCUCCAAAUCCUCGCUGCCCUGAUCGAGAAGGCACCGAAAGACCUCCCCCUAUUUGCGCAGAAUGUCCUCACUAUCCUAGACCUCGUCCUCCGAUCUAAUGAUAUUACCAUGGUCGAGGCAUCGCUGCCGACCUUCCGAACCUUCUGUGAACACCAUGACGUCUCGUCCCUCUUUGCCGACCAAGCCUACCUCCGCCAAUAUGAGCAAGUCGUGCGCGGUUAUGCCACAUUUGCCUCAACACAAUCGUCGCCAGUCAAGAAUACGGCUAGCAAGCCCGUGCUUUUGAGAUGGAGGAAUGCAGGUUUGGAAGCAAUCAAAGGCGUGACCGAAUCUGAAGCACUAUCGACUGUUGCCGGACGUCAAUUAAAUGUCAUCGUACCCAUGAUUCUGGAAAAUUUAUGGACGGACGACGAAGAAUUUCUCGAGGUCUUACUUCAGCGUGUCCAGAUGGAGGAGAAGGUCGACUCGCAUGCCUUGCUGCGGCGCAGGACCAGUGUUUCCACUGUCAAAACUAGCGAGACAGGCGACGCGAACCCGAUCGCGAUUUCGGGCACGUCCGUCGACAUUGACAAGUUGGCUGAAGAAGAUAUUGGAGUUGUGGCUAUGCAGUGCCUGAAAAGGAUAUUUGCCAUACCCAACAGAGCACAGAUAAAUGGGGCGACUGCGGCAAUCUUGGGAUUUAUCAGCGAACGGGUCCGCCAAAAAGAGACGGUGGUCACCCAGGCCCGGGGUGAUGGACGUGAUCGCGGUUGGGCGAUCAAGAUCUUUGAGUUUGCCGCCAGAUGGGCACCUGUGCAGGACCGCUACGUGAUUAUGGUCGUUACCACCGACACCCUCCUGCGGUCCCCCCCGACUAAGGACAACAUUGCGGAUCAAGUUGUGCUUACGGCCAUUAUUCGGUCUCUAUUAAGCUCCGACAUCAACUUGAUUGGUCUUAGUGUUAUGGAUGUCCUUCUGGGGCUGAUACAGCACAUGAAGCGGGUUCUGAAGCAUUCUGGGGGCACGAGGAGUAGCGGCUCAGCUUCCGGGGACGAGAAACCCGCUUCGGCUUCCGACCCUUCUCAGCAGAGAGAGCUCCUAACCCGGAUCCAACAGUCCAUCGGAGAUCUAGCCACCCAUGUUUACUACGCCGACCAGAUAUCUGAUAUGAUCUCUGCCAUCCUCCUACGACUCAAGCCUCAUCCUAGCACGACAAACUCUUCGCCGGCCACUGAGAAAGCUGACUCUCCUCCCGGAGGCUCGGCAGUGAACGUCUUAGAUGACCAGUUGCAGCUCGACAGCUUCUUUGCCCUAGACUUAGCCAAGACCACUGCACUUCAAGCCGUUAAAUCUAUUCUUCUCGUUGCAAAUCCGAACACAAAAAUCAGUGGGAACGUCAGUUUGACGAGGAGCAAAGUCCCCAUACAGGUAUGGGAAGGUACACACUGGCUUCUCCGCGACCCGGAUGGGCAGGUUCGGAAAGCUUAUGUCGAUGCCCUCACGACUUGGCUGGAUCGAGAAACGUCAAGCUCUGACCUGGAAGCUAGAGAUUACACGGGUCAGAAACUAUCGCGCGUGAACAACCGAGCGGAUAUACCGCCGGUGAGCACUUCCCGCCGAGCCGUCUCAAGCGCAUCGACCCGAGACAAGCCCGCCAAGGCCUCGCGGUCCUAUUUUCUACAGCUUCUCCACCUUUCCAUCUACGAAAGCGCCCUGCAGUUCAUGGAGUCCGAGGCGGACAUAGCCCUUCUGCACGUGUUGUUGGCCAAGCUAGUUAGCAAGCUCGGGGUCAACGCUGUCAGAUAUGGCCUGCCAAUGAUUUUCCGGCUUCAGGAGGAUAUCUUGGACGCCGAAACACCUCUGUCGAAGGUUUAUCUCGGAUGUCUCUGCCACGGUUAUUUUUGGGCCCUAAGCGAGUAUUUUGGGUUUGAGGCUUCGCCCGUCGGCCGGACGAUCCACAACGAGAUAUCUCGAAGAAGGACCAAGCACUUUUGGGUUGAAGGCGUAAAUAUUCCAACCCCUUCCCUCAACCAAUUGGGCGCUCCGGGUGCGGUUAAAUCGCAGCCGAAGAUGCCUCCACAGGCCGUAGAGUCGGAGGCUCUGCUACCUUUCGACGAUCGUACGGCUAUAGUGGACUGUAUCCGCACGAACUAUAAAUAUAGAGCGAUAUCCCCGCCCUCAAGCCCUUCCGCGUCUCCCGGUCGCGUCUUCGCGCACCCGGCCUUAGGCUCGACCUUGAGUACGAUUCCGCCGGCCAACGAGGAGCACGAGCUUCCUGACAAGUUCAGGGAGGCAAUGCUUGCAGAUUGGAAUAGAGAGACCGCCGUGGCUGCCCUUCAAGUAGAGAGCAAGUCCGCUUCACUUAGUGGGUCUAGGACGGGGACGGCCACCACAAGAGGCAACCAUCUCACCGUCAAUGGGCCUUCUGCCAAUGGCCAAGCGUUCUCGCGGCCAGACUCCGCGUACGCUCAUCAGACUACUCUGCGUCCUGCGUCCCAUGCUAGCCACGCUGCUGCUUUGAGGAAUUCUAGCGUACAAAGUCACGGCUCUAUGAGGAGUGCCUCGAGCCGGGGCUUCGUCGCUUCCGUAGACCAGCUCAAGUCGGCGCUGACGGGAGAUCCUGCUCGGCCAUCCACUUUCCACACGUUGCGAGAAGACGAUGAUAGCAGCGAAAGUAUGGCUAGCUACGAAUUUUCGCCCUCGGAGCUUUCGUUCAACCCAAACCAGCCAGACGGUGCUGAUACUAACGAGCCAGCCAUGGCGCGAACAAGGUCGAAAUCCCGUGAGCGGAAAGCGUCUGGGGACUCUGGGCAUCAUUCAAUGGAAGGAGACAUAGACGAAGAAGUUCCACCGGUGCCUCCUCUACCCGCGUCAAUAGUCGGGAAAUCGCCACCCUCCGAGGUAGUUCUUGAGCGCCUCGCGAAAGUGUCGAGCCAGGACCACGCCCAUAGAGCCCCGAAGAGGAAUCUUAGAAGUCGAGGCGGCGACAGCCUUCUCUCGAAUAGCUUUGCGAACGCAGGGGCGGCUAGCAUGGACCUCCAGGCAAUGCUCAAGGGCAUCGACAGCAAGUCGAGACAGAACACCAUCGGGAAUCUCACGAGGCCUCCCUACUAACGCCUCGCACUUUGAUAAACGCUCGUAUGUAUAUCCAUGAAGCUCGAAAAUGUCUCUUUUUCUUCUUCCAGAGCAAUGAAUGGACGUUGCCUGUAAUAGCAGGUCGAGUCGACGGGCGGGUCCGACUCCGAUGAGGUGCUUGUACACUCUUAGCGAGGGGGAAUAUCUAGAAGCCGAGAGUAUAGAAGAGGAGGAAAUGGGAACUUGUUAAAUGAAAAAAGAAGACUACUGUGCGGGGCAACUCUGUUUACAUAUUUGCUUGUAUAUAUUUACAUGUCUGCUAUCGCGUCGGCCUUUUUGCCGCCAGUGCCAAUGCUGCUUUGUUGUAGAUAGGUUGGCCCUUUCCACCACGGGUCGGUAGGGAACAUAGUAAUAGAGAAGAUUCGAAUUGGAAAAAGAGAAUUGUAGCUAAUUAUCUUGAGACAAAACACUAAUGCCACCAUAACUAGCGGCUAAUCCUAUUGCCUUUGGCUUAUCGUUAUUAUUAUUAGGAUUAGGAGUGCGCAUUUAAGCAAGACGAC